AGCCGCGGCUGUCCCGGUGCGCGCGCUCCCGCUGGAUCGCGCUCCCUCGAACGGGGCGCGGAUGUCCGGCUUCGCCCAGGCUGUGAGUCGACGGCCUCGUCGACGAACUCGGGCUUAGCCUCGAGCAGCGGACCCUCCGCCAGCUCCGCGGCGCCGCCCGCCAGGACCAGGGAGCGCGUGGGUUCGCGUCUCCCCGGCGGAGCUCGGCCUCGCCAAGCCCGGUCAGCCGUCGGCGGCCGUCUGCUCCCCCUCCACUCGAAGGAACAGUCGCUCUUCACACUCAGAAGGGCCCGCCGUCGUCCUCGGUGGUUCGGUGAGGCGGCUCCAAAAUGGCCGACGAAGGACCGACAGGAGGGGAGACGCCCCAGGUUCCGCCGCAAGAAGGGGGUGAGAAGGUUGCCACUAGCGGCAAUCAGACUCCUGCCGCCGAUCAACCACCCCCGCAACAGGCGGAGAGCACUCCUGCGGCCGAUCAACCACCCCCGCAAGCAGAAGGUGAGAAGGUUGCCACUAGCGGCAAUCAGACUCCUGCCGCCGAUCAACCACCCCCGCAACAGGCGGAGAGCACUCCUGCGGCCGAUCAACCACCCCCGCAAGAGGCGGAGAAAAAACCGAGCGGGUCGAGCCUGCUGGGAGGCGCCCAGAGCCCACGGGGUGGCGCCCAGAGCCCACUGGGUGGCGCCCAGAGCCCACAAUUGGAUGCGAUGCAGAUGUUGAGCAAAGUCCGGCAAGUCGACGGCAUCCAGUACAGCGUUCCAGUGACGUCCGACCACUUCCUCAUACCGGCAAACAUGACUGCCGACACAGAGGUCUACAUCUUCGGACUGUUGGCACCACAGGCCGAGAGACUGGAGGUCAAGUUCCGCGAGGCCAAGACCGAGGAGCACGUCUCGCUGCUCAUUGUCAUCGAGCUCCAGCCGGCACAGUACAUUGCGCUGCGAACGUACCAAAACAAGGCCGCCGAGGACGUGGCCAAAGAGGACACCCAAAUUACCGCCGGAACCCCCCUCAGCAUGCGCGUAAAGGCCUACGGCGACGGGAGCGCCAAGGUCACCGUGAACGGGCAGAACUUGACGUUUCCGCCACGUGACGGCUUCCCCCUGGACAAGGUUUUGUACUUCUCGAUACACGGCGACUUCUUCACCGGCUCCGUGAGCAUCUUGAAAACACAGUGGCCGGAUCACUUGCACGUCACCAUUGGUCACCAGCUCACCUCCGGCUACCAUUUCUCUGUCGAAGGCAGCGUGGCACCAGAUGCGGACAAGAUGAUAAUGAACAUUCUUCGGUCGCACGACGUGCACGACGACGUCCUGCUGGGCAUCGUGGCAGAGUUCGCAGACACUAAGCAGCUGGUGCGGCGAACCAAGCAGGAGGGCGUCUGGCUCGAAGAGCAGGUGGAGUCGGAGGUGCCGUUCGAGCCGGGCCAGCCGUUCAAGGUCGACAUCGCGGUGGGCGAACUGAACUUCCAGACGUGCGUCAACGGCCACCUGCUGCCGGCGUACUUGCACAAGGUCUUUUACGGCAUCGGACACAACCUGUGUCUCGAGAAGAACGCAAAGUUUAAGAGCUUGCGCGUCUGCUCCAUCAGCCAUCCCAAGCAAUGGACCAACAAGCCGCCGAACUUUGAGAAAGCAACACUGCUGUUUUACAAUGCGACUUCGCCGGUCAUCUCUCCCAUCCAGCUCGAGCCUGGGAACAGCUUUUAUGUGCAAGGAACGCCGCCACCGCCUUGCACUGAGUUCAAGAUUGCACUGUCGAAAGGCGCCGAGGAGACGGCCGAUGCGCUGCUCGUCGUCCACGUCCAGCUUCAGAAAGGCCUCGUGUUCGUCUACGACGGCACCGACGGAAACAAGGGCGACGGCCAGCCACUCAAGGUCAGGGCCAACCGGCUCUUUUCGUGUAGAGUGGACGCGCUCGCCGACGGCUUCAAGGUCUGGGUGAACAUCUUAACUGCUACAGACUCGAAUGCCGACCCCUUCGACGUGAAGCAAAGGUUCGCCCUCAACGAAGCCGUCUUUCUCAACACCUUCGGCGAGAUCAACAACGUCACGGGGGUGAAGUCGACAGAGGACGUCUUGGAGUGAUUGGCCGGCCCCGCGAUCCAGCCAAUCACAGGCACCAUAAACCGGCGAUCGCUGUUAGAUUGCCUCGUUGGCCGUUUUCCCGUCACCUGUUGUGAUGACCUGUCCCAUUUAAUAAGGCUAAUAAGGAUCGGGCCUUGGUCGCUAGCUAUCACCUUGUCGCCGGACCGGAGCAUCCAGCUAAGCGCCGCUUGACAGUGACCGAGACAGCGAAGACCUUGCGCGAAGAAAAAGCAGCGCAAAUCGAAAAGUGAUUGGCUAUGAAGUCCUUGCGCAGAAAAGGAAUUCGAGAAGCGAAAAACAAGGAAUGCAUUUCCGUUGGUCGUCGGACUUGUUAGUGAAUAAAUUUUUGUUUGUCACUGCUCGGAAA